AUGGAGGUGAUCUACCGCGAGGUGCGGUGCUACGCGGUGGUGGUGGAGAUGCAGCUGCUGAUGGGGCUCUCGGCCACGACGUUCGCCACGGCGGGGAUGGUGGCGGACGGCGGGUUCACGGACUUGAAAUUCGAGAGCGCGGCGGGGUUCGAUCGCGGUGCGGCGGCGUAUUGGUGGACGAUUUGGGGGGCCGCUGUGGCGUGGCAGAUGUCGUUCCUGGGGACCGCGGGGAUGGUGUUCCUGACGACGUCGCUGACGGGCGGGGUGUGCACGGCGGCGCUGCUGGCGGUGAACGUCGCCAGAGGGGUGGUGGUGUACGGCGACGAGUUCGGCGGCGUGAAGGCUCCACCUCCUUCCUCGGCGCCGCCCAAGUUCAGCCCACAAAUUUAUAGCCAUCGCCGCCCUCAACCUUUGAUCAAGAUUAAUGAUCUGACGAACCAGAUUGCGACUCCAUUCUCCAUCUAA